CUUUAGUGCAUCGACGGCGGCGGGCACGCAGCGCAUGGGUUCCGGUUCUCUCUUUUCAACAGACGGACUUCGCGAAUCCAAGCAUGGUUGCCGCCUGUACAUGGUAGAAUAUCAUUGUUGCUGCAAAGAGAGGGCUGUCGACUCCAUUAUACAAGAAUACCCUAAUAAAUAAUAGGAUACCUCACUCUACCCCGUUGAUCAUGUCAGAGAAGACACCUUCACCCACCUCGGCCAGGAGAUCUGCGAUUCUCACCAACGAUUUGCUGUCUUCACCCCCCAGACGCAAGGAGCGAAGAAAUCCUUCGAUAACACCUAGGAAGUUCGAGAGGUUCUUCACGCCCCGAUCGCGUGUGUCGUCGAAGCCAAGUGCUGUCCGAAAGGCCCUCCGCGACCUCACUGCUCCAGCCCUCAACCGCUGCCAAACUCCCUCAAGCCCACUGAGGCCCAUCUCGGAGGAGCAAACCCCCAAUGGCUUGCCACGUCUUCAACAAGAUGACCACCAAGGAAAGCGCCGCAAGCUCCACCAUACUCCCGAGAAGCAGCAGUCGUGCCAUCUGCCGUCGCCGUUAAAGUCAUCACCUGCUGUACUCUCAACUACGGAGCUGAGCCCGGCAUUGCGGAGUCCCAUUCACUCCCUGGAAUCCCGACGGCUUCUUCAAGAAGAAACUUCCGGGCAUGAUGGGCUGUCCGACGAGGAUGAGGAGGAGGCUGGACAAGCCACACCGACCUCUAAGAGGCCGGUGCCGCUUCACUCUCGAGGACUGGGCGGUCAGCUUGUCCAGAGGAUGACGGGCAGGAUGGCGUGUCCUGUUUCGGACUGGAGGAUUGAGACGGCCGACUUCUACAGCCGACCCGAAGAUGUGCAUUUUUCAUCCGGCCAUGAUGGUGCUCCUCGUGCCAUACCCUUCUGUACAGCGACCUGUCACAAAAACAGCCUAGUCGCGGUUGGUGACGAAGAAGGCUAUGUACGACUGCUCGACUCCAGCCGGGAUUUUUCCAAGAUCCACCUGUCAUUCCAGGCCCAUGGCAAUGCCAUUAUUGAUCUAGCCUUCUCUGACCACGACUAUUUGCUAGCCACUGCAUCGGGAGAUCAGACCGGCAGGGUGAUUGAUAUGAUGACACAGAAACCCAUCUCAAUUCUCGGUCACCACACGGCAUCCCUGAAGCAGGUUCGGUUCCAACCUGGACGCGGCUCAGGCUGUGUCCUCGCAACUUCCGGACGCGAUGGCAGUGUGCAGAUCUGGGACCUGCGUUGCCGCGGCGGACCUGUUCAAGAUAUAAUGCCCAUCGUCUCCGAAGCAGGUCUACACCACCGCCUUCCGAAGCCCACGAGCCCCGGUUGCGUCGUCAACAGCAUCUAUGACGCACAUGCUCGGGCAUUGCGGCAGACCAGAAGCCAGUUGGCCACCACAUCCGCUGACGUUGCCCGUAUGGGGGAAGUGCCAGGCCGCAUCGGCGAAGUCUCGGUAACCGCCGUCCAAUUCCUCCCCCCGGGCCGGGAGCACCUCCUCCUGACCGCGUGCGAAGCCGACGCAAGUAUAAAACUCUGGGACAUCCGCGCCGUGCACACGAGCCGACACCACAAGACCAGUACGCCAAUAUCAUUUACAGCGCCGCCCGCAAGCCAUGUCGCUUUCCGACCGUUUGGUAUCUGCUCGAUGACGUUGGGUGGCGACGGUGCGCGCUUGUAUGCGCUUUGUAAAGACAACACCGUGUAUGCCUAUAGCACCGCGCACCUGGUGCUCGGGCACGCGAGCGAGCUGACCCCUGCGAGGGCCGGCGCCGAUCCGCCACGAAGGCGCCACCACCCCCACGGUACGGCGCACGAGGGGCUCGGUCCCCUAUACGGCUUCCGUCACCCGCUCUUCCACGCCACGUCGUUCUACGUUAAGGCCAGCAUCCGGCCGUGCGCCGAUGGCCGCUCCGAGCUGCUCGCCGUCGGCAGCGGCGACGGCUGCGCCGUCCUGUUCCCCACCGACGAACGCUACCUACGAGACGCCUGGGCAGUAGCAAGAUCAUCAGAGGCGCAGGAAACAUACUACGUCGGCGCACCAACCGAUACCACCGCCACCCAUGUCCCGCCGGCCGCGCCACCGCCAUCCCUGGCCCGCUCAAAUAGCGGCGGCUUUGGGGGCAUCUUUGCGGCGCGACAGGCGGAUCUCAACGUGCCCCUCGCGCGGCGCGGCACGCCCCUGGUGCGCGGCCACGGCAAGGAGGUUGGCGCCGUAGCAUGGACGAGCGACGGCAAGCUGAUUACGGUUGGGGAUGACUACCUCGUCCGGUGCUGGUCCGAGGACCGAGAGGCGGCCGCGGACUUGAGGCUCGGUGGUGAGGCCGAGGGGAGGCGGUGGGGACGGGGAUGGGCUGAUGUCGGGGAUGCUUGGGACGGGGAUAGGGAUGACUGCUAG